AUGGAGGCGGAUGGGGACCUAGAGGAGCUGGCCCGGCUGCGCUCCGUCUUCGCCGCCUGCGACGCGAACCGCUCCGGGCGCCUGGAGCGUGAAGAGUUCCGCGCGUUGUGCGCGGAGUUGCGCGUGCGGCCGGCCGACGCCGAGGCCGUGUUCCAGCGGCUUGACGCCGAUCGCGACGGUGCCAUCACCUUCCAGGACUUCGCGCGCGGCUUUCGCGGGGCCCGCCGCGGGGGUCCGCCCCGGCGCUGGGGGCCGCGGGAGCCCGCGCCCGCCGCGGCCCGGGUGGGGUCCGACCCCGGGUCCGGCGAGCAGGACGAGGGCAACGAGGUCGCGGCGGCGGCUCUGGCCGCUCCCUGGGACCCGGCGAGCUCCGGCCAGGCUUGGCAGGACUUCCAGGAGCGACUCGGGGACGAGGUCAAGUUCAUCCCCAGAAAAGAGCAAGUUAGUACCUUGUAUCAAAACAUCAACCUCGUGGAGCCAAGACUGAUUCAACCAUAUGAACAUGUUAUAAAGAACUUUAUCCGUGAGAUCAAACUUCAGAGCACAGAAAUGGAAAACCUGGCCAUUGCAGUGAAGAGAGCCCAGGACAAGGCAGCCAUGCAGCUGAGUGAGCUGGAAGAGGAAAUGGAUCAGAGGAUUCAGGCUGCAGAACAGAAGACACGGAAAGACGAAAAACGCAAAGCUGAGGAAGCCCUCAGUGACCUCAGGCGUCAAUAUGAAACAGAAGUGGGAGACCUACAGGUGACGAUAAAGAAACUCAAGAAGCUAGAAGAACAAUCAAAACACAUAAGUCAGAAACAAGAUGUGGCUGCAUUAAAGAAACAAAUUUAUGACUUAUCAAUGGAAAAUCAGAAAGUUAAGAAAGAUCUUUUAGAAGCACAGACAAACAUAGCCUUUCUUCAGAGUGAACUAGAUUCUUUGAAAAGUGAUUAUGCUGAUCAGAGUCUGAAUUCUGAAAGGGAUCUGGAAAUAAUCCGAGAAUACACAGAAGAUCGAAAUAGUCUUGAGAGGCAAAUUGAAAUACUCCAAACAGCUAACAGGAAACUGCAUGACAGUAACGAUGGCCUGAGGAGUGCCCUUGAGAACAGCUACAGCAAGUUCAACAGAUCCUUGCGCAUAAAUAAUAUCUCACCAGGGAAUACAAUUUCUAGAAGCAGUCCUAAAUUUAAUCUUCAUUCUCUUCAACCUCUGGGCUAUGACAGGUCAUCCCGCUCUUCCUACAUGGAUGAGGACUGUGAUUCGCUGGCCCUCUGUGACCCCAUGCAGAGGAUGAAUUAUGAUGUUGACAGCCUGCCUGAGAGCUGCUUCGACAGUGGCUUGUCUACCCUGCGAGAUUCCAACGAGUAUGACUCGGAGGUGGAGUACAAGCACCAGAGGGGAUUCCAGAGGUCGCACGGCAUGCAAGAGAGCUUUAGGGGUGAUGCUUCGGACACGGACGUUCCUGAUAUAAGGGAUGAAGAGACUUAUGGCUCAGAAGGCAUGGCUUCCAUCCUGGACUGGAAGCCCGCAGGAUCUGCUAGUGAAGGCAGCCUCAUUAACCCCUCAAGAAAGCCCAUCUCUGCGCUUUCACCACAGACAGACAUGGUGGAUGAGAGCCAUAAAUCUUCCAGCUCGCAGAAAGCUUACAAGAUUGUACUGGCCGGGGAUGCUGCAGUGGGGAAGUCGAGUUUCCUCAUGAGACUUUGCAAGAAUGAAUUUCGAGGAAACACAAGUGCUACCCUGGGAGUUGAUUUUCAAAUGAAAAUGCUCAUUGUAGAUGGAGAACGGACAAUACUGCAGCUUUGGGAUACAGCUGGCCAGGAGAGAUUCAGAAGCAUUGCCAAGUCUUACUUCAGAAGAGCAGAUGGUGUUUUGCUGCUGUAUGAUGUUACGUGUGAGCAAAGCUUUCUUAAUGUACGAGAAUGGGUAGAUAUGAUUGAGGAUGCAGCCCAUGAGAGCAUUCCUAUCAUGUUGGUAGGAAACAAGGCUGAUCUUCGUGACACUGCUGAAACAGAGGGACAAAAAUGUGUCCCAGGGUACUUGGGAGAAAAACUGGCCAUGACCUAUGGGGCAUUAUUUUGUGAAACAAGCGCCAAAGAUGGUUCAAAUAUAGUGGAAGCUGUUCUCCAUCUUGCUCGGGAAGUGAAAAAAAGAACUGAUGAGGAUGACAGCAAAUCCAUUACCAAUCUGAGUGGCACUAGUUCCAAAAAGUCAACCCAGAUGAAGAACUGUUGCAAUGGUUAA